CACCGACUGAAACGACAGUCCACAUGACCCGAGUCAUUUUCAAAACAACUGUCAGAGCUCGUUCGUACUCAUCAAUGGGCCUCAACAACGGUGAGAUCCAGCAUUUGUCUGUAAUUGACCUUCGUACCACCUCACUUCCAUUCCUUCCAUUCCAUCAUACAAAACCCAAAUGUACUUACGGCGCUUUCUUCUCCUUCUUCUUCUUCUUCUUCUUCUUCUUCAACACAUCUGUUUAACUCCAUCCGUAUCUGCGGUUUGCGAAUACAGUAUCACCGAUAACAACAAGGUCUACAGCUUCAAUUUGGCAGCUUCUUCCAAACAGUUUCCCCAUGGUGUUCUCAGCGAAGACGGAUAUUACAAGGUUUCAUCUAAUGGGACAGUGGUUUGGUUUCAGCUCUGCGAGUCAAUGAUUUUCAACCAUGACCCGCCUAAAUGUUUUGAUUGUUGGGAAUGUGGCGGAUCAGCUCGGUGUGGCAUGGGCUGCAGUGCACUUAUGUCGAAUAACAUAAACGGCUAUCCUAUAUGUACUACUAUUGGGCGCACUCCAACCAUCACUACAGAUCUUAUUGGUAAUAAAAAAAGUCCUAACAUGGGUCUCGUCGUUAAAAUGUGGCACAGUGGCGUAGUGAAUUGCUCGCUUUCUGUCUCGGUUGUAUGUGAUUCAAAGCAAGUUGAAGGUCCAACAAUACUAGAGAGAGUUGAUUUUUGUGAUUAUAUUACUCAACUGAGGCAUCCAUCCGGUUGUGCUAUAACCGUAUCAUCAAACAAUGGUGGCCUAGGCUGGUUUGGUACCCUCGUAAUCGUAAUUUUGGGCCUCUUUGGAGGCUAUCUUAUAGCCGGAGCUGUGUAUCGCUUUUUCUAUCUUCACAUCCGUGGUAUAGAUAUUAUACCUAACUUGGAAUUCUGGGCCAGCUUGUCUCACAGAGCACAGAGUGCAUUUAUGUCUUUGGUUAAAAGACAUAGACAACGGUCUAGCAGCUCGUAUACUUCUGUCGACUUCUGACAUUUUCACAAUUCUAUCGGUUAAUCCUAUGCAGUUUCUCAUAACUGUAAUCUUGAUUUAGAUUCGAGUUGUACAAUUCGGCUUUUAUGUUAUAUCUAUCUUAUUUUAGUGUAAAAGGUGGGGUGUGGUGUGGAGAUUUGGAAUGGUUUAGGGCAUGUUUGGCUAAGCUUAUUUAAGUUAAAAAGGA